AGUAAAUUUGUUAUUUAAAUGACAGCAUAGAUCGUUGAUGCUUUUAGCUGCAUAGCUUUAGGGGCAUUUUUGGAUAGCACAUGCUUGUAUUUGGAUAGUACCUGCUUUUAGCUGCAUAGCUUUAUAGUCGUUGUACGACUUCGCCCAGUGUAUGAUAGGAAUGGCUGGUUAAACUCAAAUACCUAAUUUGGUUGAAAUUAGUUCGAUAGUUUCUGACAUAUAGCAAAUUGGGUUGAGUUAGCUUUAGCGGUUUGGAAGAUAUAUACAUUAAACCAUUUAGGAGGCGGGAUUACGCCCCCCUCUAAAAUAAUGGCAAACUGUUAUCAAAUUAUUGCAUUGUCAUCGGUUGAUCAGACUUCUGGAAACCGGUGAAAAUUGAGCUUAAAGAUUCCAUUACUUACAUACAUACAACCCAAGCUAAUAAAAUCGUAUUAAAAAAACUAUAUUUAAGUUGGCUAUUCAAAGUUGUUAAGACUCAUACUUGUACAGUCCAGUAAACUGCUUGAAUAGUUUUGUGAAAAGUAUACACCAUACAAAGAGUUCUGAAAGAACAGUAUUUCCUAUGAUAGUUUAGUUUAGCAUAUAUGAGCGGAACGGACUCCAAUUUAUAUAUAAUCCAUAUGUCACUACCGUUAGAGGGAUAUUUUGGGUCGCUACAAAAACAAUAACUUCAUUGAAGAGAAACAUUUGUUGGAACACAUAGUCGGUCGAAAGGUUUAUAGGUCAGCGAUUUAAAUUGUACAAAACUAUUUUAUAAGGAAAACGGUUCUCUAUCACAUCCAUGCUAGAUGUAAACGCUUCAUAAUCACAAAGAUAUCUUAAAUGACCAUUAUUUGCAAAUGCAGGCAUUUUUAAAGUAACAUAACGAACCGAAAUCAUUGAAGAAUCGAGACAAUGAAGGUCUCUGAGGAAAGCAAAAUAAACUGAUGAGAAAGCUAAAUAGAAAAAAUAAUUUGUAGUGUUUCGACUAUUAAUCGGUGUGUCGACGGUUCAUUUUCAUACGACUCAAUAAAAAAUGUAAAAAAAUGUUAUUUCAGUUAGCCCUCGGCAGGCAAGCAAUCCGCCGAAAAUUGUCAAUGACUCGAAAAAAUGUAUAUGGAUCUUUUGCUUUUCAGAAAUUGGUUAAAUUUCGUAGGACCUUAAUUUUGUCGAAUAAUAUCAAGAUCAACAAUCAACAACCGAGAAUAAACUGCCACAUAAUAUAUAAUACAUAUCUUAACUAUAAUUGUUCAUGGUAUAGAUACUUCGGACUACAUAAAUAUAAAUAAAAUUUUUGUUAAUUACUUAUAGUGACCAGUUGUGGGAAAAUAUCAUUUAAACCUGAUUUUCUCCCCCCCAACUUGAUUAAAGUUCGUGAAAGCACACAAAAAUUAUCCUAAUCGUAUUGUACCUAGUGCCUGAGCUUUGAUAAUUUUAGGGAAGCUCUGAUCGAGUAAUCAUAACAUAUAAUUCCUAUACAAUUGAUAUAUCCGAACGGUAUUUUAUAAAUUCUUCAUUAAAGUUAAGUUUAGAUUGAUAUUGGCAUUGAAACAUGGCAUACGAAGCUUUAUGUACUCAUGAUUGCUUUCCUUCGUGUAUGGUAUAAAUCAUGCACAGCCUUAACUUGAGCUUUUUGAUCGUAUUUUCCCAAUAUGUAUAAUUUAAGAACUUAAGUGUAUGUGUGUGAUAAAAAAACUGCUUGCGGAUUUCUGAGAUGUUUGUAAAUUUACUGCACAAGCUAGUUUAGUGAUACCAUCUCGCUUUGAAAAAAAUAUCGAGAGCUUUACUAAUGUACUAUGGCAGUCCGAUAAGUAUGUAGCAUAAAAAAAUUAAAUUGUUUCAAAAACGUGAUUUAUUUUCCUUUUAUAAAUUUUCAAAGAAAAAAAUCGCACAGUGGCAGUGGUGACAACACAGGACUGCUCCUUGAUAUCUGGCGUGUACCUUCCGGAUCCAUGUUUCAUAGACGGACAUGAAAUGCGUCAAACACCGCAGUGACAGAGCGACCACACUCAACAUCCAGCGCCAGGAUAUGACUUACACGGUCUUUUAAGAUGCCUACUGUCCUAAUACCAAUCAAUCAAUCUAUGAUAGCCGGUUUUGGGACACCUGGGCCUAACCGAAAGCCGAUCUACCAUGUUGAAACUCGUUGACUAUACGCAAUUUUUUCUCUUCUAAAAAUAAGAACUUUUUUCCGUCUUUCUAAAAUACUCGUACACAUCUGCUUCCACACGCAGUGCAAUUUGAUAUUGGCGCCAUCGAGCGGGACGGCUAAGUGCUUAUCGCACCGCCCACGUGUAAUUAUAAUUAUAAUAUACAAUUUUCAACAAUCGUAAAAGAUCGUAGAAAGCUUGCAUUAGUAGGUAUACGUAUAUGAGUAUAUGGUAUAUGUACAAACAUGACCAUUACAAAAAUAAUUAUUUUACCACAAAAAAACACAUAUACGUAUACCCAAAUAUAUAAUAUAUACAUUCCUUUUUUCUCCUCAUCCAAAUCAAAUCGUCGAACAGCUUUCACAGAAAUUCUGAACAAAUUUGUGAGUAAACCUCAGCUCGAAUCGAUCGAAGCCAUUCGUAAGGUUUUAGUAUUGCGAUGGAUACGUUACGCUCAAGAACGAAUUAACUGUAAUUAAACAAAUAAAAAAAACAAAAACAAAUUAAAAAUUAAAAAAUAAAAAUAAUUUUUGUGUAAUUUUAAGAAAAUACUUAAAAGAAAAUUAAAAAUGAUUAGAAACAGUGUGGAAAUGGUGCGAGGGUGUUGUUCUUGGGGUUCGCUGCCAAAAAAAAGUGAAGAAGAAGAAGAAAAGGACUUUAAUGAACGGAAGAUUAAUGAGGAUUUAGAAAGAUACUUAGAAGAAUUGAGCAAUGCUAAAAAGUUACUGUUACUAGGUACUGGUGAGGCCGGCAAAUCCACUUUCUUCAAACAAAUGCACAUUAAUUACGGUGAAGGUUUUUCGGAUGAUGCUCGACUGGAAUAUAAAGAAGUCAUACAUCAAAAUAUUUUGACAUCGAUGCAGUCGAUGCUGAGUGCAAUGAAAGUGUUGAGAAUAUCAUUCGAUAAAGUAGAGCAUUCGCUUCUGGCAAAUAACAUUUUGCUCGUCAAUGUUGACGCCGUAACAGAAUUAGACGAGACGAUUUUGUCAGCCAUAAAAUGUCUGUGGGCCGAUACGGGUGUGCAACAAUGCUAUGAACGACGAAGGGAAUAUCAGAUAAUCGAUUCGGCGAAAUAUUUCCUUGACAUGUUGGAUUGUAUCACGCAGCCCGAUUACGUACCCAGCGAUGAUCACAUAUUGCGUUCACGAGUUGUUACGACUAGAAUAGUGGAGCACGUUUUCGAUAUACAGCAAAACAAAUGGAAGCGUAAUAAAAACAAACGUUUGUUACUUCGAGUAAUAGAUGUCGGUGGACAACGAUCUGAACGACGCAAAUGGUUACAGUGUUUUGAUGAUGUGACAGCUGUCAUAUUUCUAACUUCCCUCUCAGAAUACGAUCAGACAUUGAACGAGGCCAAAGGUUUAAACCGCAUGGAGGAAUCCAAGAAUCUUUUUCGUGCCAUCUUAUCAACGAGCUAUUUUCGUAAUUCUUCGAUUAUCUUAUUUUUAAAUAAACAAGAUAUACUUGAAGAGAAGAUAUUGACCUCGCACUUAGUGGACUACUAUCCGGA